AUGGCGGAUACCCAGGAGUUGGCCAAAGGCUAUACCCUCGUUAACAAUACCCAAUACGAUGCGGGCCUGUUUCUCCUCGAAAAAUUAGGAAUUCUCCCGGGGACUAGCGUUCUUGACGUUGGUUGCGGACCCGGCAACCUCACGUCGCACAUUACAGAGAUCGUUGGGGCAGAUGGCACUGUGGUUGGCGUUGAUCCCAGUACGGAGAGAAUCUCGCUUGCCCUCGAAAUCAAAAAGGCGAAUUUGUCCUUUCACGUCGGAAUAGCCGAAGACCUGUCACGAUUCCCGGCAGCGAGUUUCGACGUGGUCUUUGUGAACUCUACACUCCAUUGGGUCCAGGAUCAGCCAAAGGCAGUCAAGGAAUUCGCUCGUGUGCUGAAGCCAGGGGGCCGCCUAGGCAUUUCUGGCGGAUCCGGUGACUAUGUCACUGCACAGGAACGAAUCAAGGAAGAUGUGCUGUCGAGAGAACCCUACCGAAACUAUCCGGAGCAAAGCCCGCCAAGAUUCCUCAAGCAGCGCGAAUUGGAACAUCUCCUUGACGAUGCCGGAUUUUCUACCAGAAAGAUCGUCAUAAACAAGAUCGCCAAGGCAGUUAAGGACGCUGAAGCAAUGAUCGAUUGGUUGGAUACAAGUUCCUCUGGGAAGACGUAUGGUGGCAUCCCUCUGGAUCUACGUCCAAGUGCAAGGGAGGAAAUGAAAAAGGAGUGGGACAAGAUUACUACAGAAAAUGGAAUCCAAAUGGAGAUGGAGCUGUUGGUCACCGUGGCUAUCAAAGAUUGA